AUGCACAUCGUCGGUGCCGACGGAAACUCGCUUGACCAACAGUGGAGGGAGUGCCGAGGUGCUCAAGCUUAUCUCGGCACCUUUGUCCAUAACUUCCCUAACCUUGCUAUAUUGUUCGGCCCCAACACAUUUCCAGCCAAUAACUCAGCACUGUACGCCUGCGAGACUCAGGUCGCUUACGCAGCAAAAGCUCUCUUCCAACCCUUGCUGGACAACCGUGCCUCCGUGAUCGAGGUGAAAGAAUCUGUUGAGAACUGCACAACGAACGAGCUACAUCAGAGGUUACAAGGAAUUCCUUCUCUGGCAGCUGCUCGAAUUGGUACAUUGGCGAGUUCGGCCGGAACGCGGCAUAAUGGCCUGGCCUGGCCAUUGAGUAUUAUUUCGCCACGCUCUUCCCUGAUUGGAAGGCUUUCACUACGAAAGGCGGAAGCAGUCUGUGGUUUCUCAAUGCCCUGA